CUUGACCAACUCUAUAUAUACACACAUCGAACCCCUCAACAAAUUCAAAGCCGGACACGGAAUCAAAAACAAUGAGAAAAUCACUUCUUGUUUAUCUUUCCCUCCUCUCCAGUAUUUUCUAUUUUACAUUCCCUUCAAAUGCCAUCUCCUCCUGCAAUGGCCCAUGUCAAACAUCCGAUGACUGUGAUGGCCAGCUAAUUUGCAUCAAUGGAAAGUGCAAUGAUGAUCCCGAUGUUGGCACUAACAUAUGCAGUGGAGGCAGUAGUCCAUCACCUCCAGAGGGCAACUGCCAAUCCUCUGGCACCCUGACAUGUGGAGACAAUUCCUACCCUACAUACACUUGCUCACCUCCAGAGUCAUCCUCAACAGAUGCACAGUUAACUUUAAAUGAUUUCAGUGAAGGAGGCGAUGGGGGAGCCCCAUCAGAGUGUGAUGAGAGUUACCAUGCUAAAACGGAGCUUGUGGUGGCACUUUCGACAGGAUGGUUCGCUGGGCGCUCAAAGUGUGGGAGUAUGAUCAGAAUCUCUGCUAAUGGAAGGAGUGUGACCGCCAAGGUCGUAGAUGAGUGUGAUUCCAUGCAUGGAUGUGAUAGCGAGCAUGCGAAUCAGCCACCAUGUAAGAAUAAUAUUGUUGAUGGUUCUGAUGCUGUGUGGGAAGCCUUGGGUCUGGAUAAAGAAGUAGGAGUUGUGCCCGUUACAUGGUCUAUGGCCUAGACGACGAACGAUCGAUGAUCAUGUUGGCGGGCAUGAGAACCAGAGGUUUUUUGGACAAUUCACUUGGUUCCAAGGCUUCGGGUAAUAAUGGAGUGAUAAAUCAGUCGAGGAACUAGCUAGUACUCACAUGAAGGAGUGCCAGAGUCUACGAGUAUGUAACAGUAACGUAAUCAAUAAAAUCGAGGGAUUAUUAAUUAGUUGUAUUCCAGUAAUUGUAUACACCAACCUUUGAUCAAGUUCCUCUUUGG